AUGACAGACCCAAUUGACCUGGAGAGGUGGACUUCUGCUGGGGCCAAGCUCAGGGGCCUGCCUCUAGGCCUGCGGGGUGGGAGUACAGGGCCAGCCUCCAAUGCUGGUUCCUUGGGCUUCCUGUUGGGAGGGAAGGCCGGAGAGAGCCGCUUGCAGCAGAGGAAAACGCGCGAGCUGGCAAGGGAGCCCGCGCCCCGCGACACCCCCGAGGCCCCGACAGGGCCAACCUUCCAGGACCAAGCGGCCACUAUCAUCCAGUGUGCCUUUCGGCAGCUCCUGGCGAGAAAGGAGCUGGCCCGCCGACAGCAGGAGAGGCAGGAGUACCUGGAGGAGAUGGAGAAGCUGCAGAGGGAGGCCUUUCUGACUCUGGUGCGCCGGGAGCAGGAGGCUGCGCGAAGGCAGCGCGAGCAGGAGGAGGCGGCGCGGCGGGAGCGGCAGGAGGAGUUGCAGGCUUGGCUGAGGGGACCCGGCUGGGUGGCGCAGGUGGAGCAGCUGCUGACCCGCGAGGGUGUAGGCCACGACGAUGCCGGCCAGGCGCGGCGGCUGCAGCGGCGCGUGGCCAUGGUGGAGUGUGAGGACAGCAACGGGAACACACCGCUGUCAGAGGCAGCCGCUGGCGGGCAGGCACGGGCCAUCCAGCUACUGGCCGAGCUCGGCGCCAGCCCCAACAGCAAGGGCGCCUACGGUAGGACACCAUUGUACCGAGCAGCCUUUGGGGGCCACCUGGAAGCUGUGGAAGUGCUUCUGAAGCUCGGAGCAGAUCCCCGGGUGUACGCGGACGACGGGAGCACUCCAGAGCAGGUGGCCUCACUGGAUGCAGUGGCCAGUGUGCUACAGUCAUGGGACCUGAGCCUCACGGAGGUCAUGCUGCAGAACAUGCAGGCUGAGCAGCAGCGCCGGGCACAGGAGGCCCAGAGGCACAAGGAGGCUGAGGCCACACGCAUGACCCUCAAGGUACAACAGCUAGUCAAGGAGCAGCAGAGGUGUCACAAGGAGCUGCACCAGGCCUACUGCGAACUCAAUCGGAGGAUCACAGAGCAUGACAAGUGUGAGCAGAGGCGAGCAGGCAAGACGGAGCUCACCCUGCAGGCUAUCAGGGACGCAGAAGCCCAAGUGGACAGGCUGCGGCAGGAGGCCCAGAAGGCUGAGGAGACACUGGCCAUGGCCAGACUGGAGCUGCGCGAGCAGACACAGGAGGAGGAGGUGGUAGCACCCGGGCUGAAGUGCCAGGUCACCGAGCUGCAUGAUGUGCUGAUGAAGGACGUGGGUGGCCGCAUCCGUGCUGACGGCCGGUGGCCUCUUGUCAUCGACCCUUCGGGCCAGGCGGCCACCUUCCUGCGCUACCAGGACACCAACUACGUGGACACAGUAAACCCUGAGCACCUGCGGCCUGAGAGGGUGCGGCUGGCUCUGCUGGGGGCGCUCAGGUAUGGGAAGCCACUGGUGUUUGACCUGCGCGAGGUGGACCUAUUCCCUGUGGUGCAGCAGCAGCUAGAGGCUGUGCAGCAGGGCCUGGCACAGGCACUGCUGAGCCGUGCGCUGCUGGAACGGGAGGGGUACCUGUCACUGCUGCGGCCAGCUGACGGACCUGAGUACGGGCCCACGCAGUUCCAGGAGGCACGCCUGGAGCACUUCCGCCUUUUCUUUGUCACCAGGGUUCAGUGGCCACCAGCUGAGCAGCUGCGGCUGUUGCUCCCUGUCCGCGUGCAGCUGCCCGGUGCCAGCCACUAG